GUCUGCCACUCCCCCAAGCUACGAUAGCUGCGACAAAGCUCGCGCAACCUUGUCGUCUCAUCAUCCCGGCGUCACUCUUGUAGCAGUCCUCUAGAGAUGAGGAACUGUAUUCUCAAUUUCGACUCGACGGCCACCCAUGAUAGGAUUACCAAUACACGAAUUGGCCAUUGGACAUGUACCGCCAACAUGUCUUCUCUCUCCCGACGAUCCUCCUUGUCGCAUCUAACUUACUAUUGCCUGUCGCCAUCUUGAUCUUCGCCACGGGCUUCUUCCCAUAUAAACCCUUUUUGCCUGGCCUUGCGCAAUAUGAGCAUCUCGAAUACGGGUCACCUCCCACUGCGCCGUUCAACAAACUUAUAUUCAUGGUCGUCGAUGCGUUGCGCAGUGACUUUGUGUAUUUGCAAGGCUCUGGCUUCGAAUAUACCCAGAGCUUGAUUAACAAUGGCGUUGCUAUUCCUUUCACUGCUCAUGCAACAUCCCCCACUAUCACCAUGCCACGGAUCAAGGCCAUGACAACGGGCACGACACCCUCGUUCCUUGACGCCAUUCUAAGCUUUGACGAGGCCGACACAUCUUCAACACUAGCGUCACAGGAUACGUGGCUUGCGCAGAUGAAAGCAAAGAACACUGGAAAGUUGAUCAUGUACGGCGAUGACACCUGGCUGAAACUCUUCCCAUCAACGUUCGACAGAGCGGAGGGAACUACGAGCUUCUUUGUGUCUGAUUUUACCGAGGUCGACAACAACGUGACUAGACACAUUGACAACGAGAUGAGAAAUGAUGAUUGGAAUACUAUGGUUCUCCAUUACCUCGGACUUGACCAUAUUGGUCACAAGACCGGUCCCCGAGGUCAACACAUGAUCCCGAAACAGCGCGAGAUGGACGCCAUAGUUCGGCGGAUCUACGAAGCUAUGGAAUCCCAUGAGCAUCUACACUCCACCUUGCUUAUUUUGUGUGGAGACCACGGUAUGAAUGAUGCUGGCAACCAUGGAGCAUCUUCGCCUGGAGAGACUUCAGCUGCUUUAGUCUUUGCAUCCCCAAAGCUGAAGGCAAUCUCUGCGGACGCUAAAGCGCCAGCUGAAUUCAACGAAGAUUUCCAAUACUACCACACUGUCGAGCAAUCCGACUUGGCGCCGACACUUGCUGCUCUUCUCGGAUUUCCCGUCCCUAAAAAUAGCCUGGGGUCUUUUAUUGUGGACUUUUUACCCCUCUGGCCAGCAUUUCAUGACAGACUACAGAUCCUUAAACGUAAUGCCAGGCAGAUCCUCGCUAUCGUCACUGCUACUUUGGGGGGGCCGUCGCUUGAAAGUGUCAUGAGCGAACAGGAUUGCCUUCAUCCGAGUUCCUCUGCCGCUGAACUAGUUUGCGAGUGGCGCAGAAUUGGCGAGGUUGCCGAACCGUCCACUGCAGAGGGUACUGAGCAACAACAUCGGAUUCAGGAUUUAUCAAGAUGGCUUUCUAAUGCACAAAGCUUGAUGAGCGGGAUGGCAAGCAAUUACGAUGUGGAUAAACUGACCUUAGGCGGGAUUAUCACAGUGGCUGCUGUAUCUGGCGCUACAGUCGCUGCACUUUUUUCGGAUAACUCGGCCGUCCGCGAUUUCGUUCCCCUGGCUUUAAUCACGGUACUUUAUGGCGUAAUGAUGUUUGCCAGCAGCUAUGUUGAAGAAGAGCAGCAUUUCUGGUAUUGGACCACGACUGCAUGGCUAUUCUAUCUCGUUGUCAACAGAGCAUCAAGUUCAGCUCGCAAAUUCUUCCUCACGACGUUCCUAUGCCUUGGGAUGAUGAAACUUAUGCGUAGCUGGAAUCAAACCGGCCAAAAAUUUGCUGGCGAGCCUGAUAUUGUUACUGAAUUCCUCUCGCCAAACCCAACUCUCCUUUGGGCUCUGGUGUGGUCGACAUACUUGGUAGUUAGCCGACACCUUCUGAAUCACAUUGAUGGUAUUCCUACAGUAAUUUCAGGCUCGGUCGUGGCUGGAGUAGUAACAUCGGCCGUAGCUUUUAAACUCACAUUUACGAAGCAGGAUUCUCCUGAAAUUGUAGUUGGAUUCGCAAGGUUUUUUGCUGACCUCUUCGACGAGCCGUCCCUUGUGACGCAAGCUCGCGCCGUGUUCAUGGGCAUUGGACUGGUUGCUCUCUAUCCGCUCUACCUAUUGUUCUUCCAACCUAACAAAUCAGCCAAAAUACAGGCCAUGCACGUGCUGCACCAUCUAUACACGCUUUUCGCGCUGACUCAGUCUCGAGCGACCAACGUCCCGCUAUUUCUGCUUUUCUAUGGAAUAUAUUUCUUCUUGGACAACCUGAACCUAAACCCCGUCGAAGUGACUACUUCCUCACUACUCCUACAGUUCACCUCCUUCUUCGCCAUGGGCGGCUCCAACGCUUUCACCGGCAUCGACUUAUCCAGCGCAUACAACGGCGUCAGCAACUUCAACGUCAUCAUCGUGGGCGUGCUAACGUUCGUUAGUAACUGGGCCGGUCCGGUGUGGUGGGUAUCAGCGUCGAACUUGCUGCUCUCGUCAAGCGAACGGAGAGCUUCUGAAAACGACUCCCGCAAAACGAAGGAUGUGAGAAAGAGAAAUACAUUUACGCUGCACGCGUCUCUCUUGACGCUGUACGCGGCGGCGAGCUUGGCGUCUGUUAUGGCGGCUUGCACGGCGCUGAGGACGCAUCUGUUCAUCUGGACUGUCUUCUCGCCGAAGUAUCUGUAUAGUAUGGCGUGGACUCUGGGACAGCAUCUUGGUGUUAAUAUCGGCAUUGGGGGCUUGUUGUAUUGGCUGGGACGAACAUCGUGAUGUUAGCCUUAGUUGCCUUUAGUAUUUAGAUAAAUUCAUUAACUCCUGAUGCGCGAGCACAGGUUCCCAAUCA